ACAAAAAUAAGAGGCUAAAAUGAUUCGUUUGUCCAUUUUGAUCUGAAAUCCAACACCAGACAUCCGGUGGCUUCCUCCGUCCUCUCUAACCUGCGCCAUCUUGACCAGCAGCAGCAGGUACGCCGCAUCAGGAGCGGCUCACCGCGGCCGAGCAGCAGUUGACCUUCCGUCCUCCAGUCCGCAGGGGCAACAUGGCUCUAAACCGCCUGGAAAAGGCUCAAACAUGGCUCUUCAGAGCUGUCACUGCCUUCUUCUUCAUGAUUUUUCAGUUCUUCUCCACUCGGAGACCCGCUGACUCCGUGAAGAAGCUGCCGCCCGUCACUAACCCGCUGCUGCUCCAGUCAGCGACGCAGCUCGCUAAGAAGAUCCGGAGAAAAGAGGUAUCCAGUGUGGAGGUGGUGCAGGCUUACAUUGACAGGAUUCAGGACGUUAACCCUUUCGUGAAUGCUGUUGUGAAAGACAGGUUUGCAGCUGCCCUCCAGGAGGCAGCUCUGGUUGAUAAGCUGAUAGAGGAGGAGACGGGAGGAGAGGAGGUGCUGGAGGACAGACUGCCUCUUCUGGGAGUCCCACUGUCUGUCAAAGAGUCCUAUUCCCUCCAGGGCAUGCCUUUAACGACAGGGUUGAUGUCCAGGCGAGGAGUCGUGGCCUCUGUCGACGCUCCCCCUGUGGCCCUGCUAAAGAGAUCCGGUGCCAUACCUCUGGGCAUCACCAACACCAGCGAGCUGUGCAUGUGGUUGGAGUCUCACAACCACCUGUACGGGAUCACUUGCAACGCAUAUGACCUAGAGAGGAUACCUGGAGGGAGCUCAGGAGGGGAGGGCAGCAUUCUGGGUGCAGCAGGAGCGGUCAUCGGCGUGGGCUCAGACAUCGGUGGCAGCAUCCGUAUGCCUUGUUUCUUCAAUGGUAUAUUCGGCCAUAAAACCACUCCAGGUGUGGUGUCCAGUGAGAACCAGUACCCUCCCACCUCGGGCAGACAGGAGGAGUACCUCAGCUGUGGUCCCAUGUGUCGCUACGCUGAAGACCUGCUGCCCAUGCUCAAGAUCAUGGCUGGACCCAACGCACACAUGCUGUCCUUAAACACAGAUGUGAACCUGAAGAAGCUGCGGUUCUUCUCCAUUCCUCACGACGGCGGCUCCGCCUACACAUACCCUGUCAGCAAAGAGCUGCUGGACAUUCAGAAGAAGGUGGUGGAGCGUCUGGAGGCUGACCUCGGUGUCAAAGUGCAGCAGGUGUGUUUACGUGAGCUACGCUACAGCUUCCAGAUCUGGGACACAUACAUGGGUCUACCUGACCACGAGGGCAAGCCUCCUCUGGCUUUUGCUGAGCUGAUGGGGGAACCAGGUCGACCAGCGUGGGCUCUCUGGGAGCUGCUGAAGCGGAUGGUGGGAAAAUCAGACCAUACAGUGCCUGCUAUCAUGCUGGCCCUACUUGAGAUGACCCACGUGUCCAAACCGUCACCUUUCAUCAUCCACCAGAAGGAGGAGCUGCAGAAGAAGAUGGAUGAGCUGCUGGGCACUGACGGCGUGUUGCUUUACCCAUCUCACCCCAGAGUGGCACCCAAACACCACCACCCACUCUUCAGGCCCUUUGACUUCGCCUACACCGGUAUCCUGAACAUCCUUGGGCUCCCUGUUACCCAGUGUCCUCUGGGCCUGGGUGAGGAGGGUCUUCCUCUGGGCGUGCAGGUCGUGGCCGGGAAACUGCAGGACCAUCUGAGCCUCGCUGUGGCCCUCUACCUGGAGAAGACAUUCGGAGGAUGGAGGGACCCUGGAGCGGAGUAAACCUCUUCUCCUGACAGACUGACGAUGAUUUGACGUGAGGAUUGCAGUGUCCUCGUUCUGCCUUGUUGCCCGCUGCAGUGCACGACCAAAGAGAGGGACGGUCUGUGUGAUGAAUGUUUAAGUGCAGAAGGAGCAGGUCUUGUACUAAUAAGGAAUAUUUUCAUCUCUUAAUAGUCAUAGAGGGUUAUGCCCACAAGCUUAAAAAGGCUGAAAGCGGAGACGUCAGAUCAUUUUCACUGAAGACCUUUUGCACUCUCACAUUUGACUUGAGACCCCAGCUUGUACGGUACUCCUAAAACCUCAUUAAGGUAUCUAAUUCAGUUGAGCUGCACUAACAGCUGCAAAAUUCAGAGAUAAUUAUUAAAAUUGAUCUUAAACAGUAAAUGUAUCGAUAACUAUUGACCACCGUGCAUUAUAGAGCUUAAACUGGAUGGUCCAGCGAACUAGAAAAUGAAACAAAGGUUGUUGUAUGCUGAUAAAGAUGGAGGCUAAUUGUUAAACGUUAACAUAGGAAACUUAGCACAGUUAUGUAGCUUCACGUGUUUAAGUGAAUAUAAAGUUAAGAAUUUUCUCUUCUUACCUAACAGGUUUUUUAAGAAGGUAUGUCGAAGAUACUUUAAAUCUGCUGGUGUUUCUUAUUCUCCAUCCAUGUCGCAGUAAAACUGAGUUAUUAUGAAGCAGCAUUCAAGUCAACUUCAUGGUAACAUUUACAGCAGUGCGGGAAAUCUCAGCAUGAAUGUCAUAUUAAUGUGCGUCUUUUAAUGGUGAGUUUACCUUUGUUUUCUUUGGGCUGAAUGAAUCAGCUUCAGUAAAGUUUAAAACCAAGCAAAUUUAUUGUGGGUUUUCUCUAAUUCACAAAAAUUAUAUAUAUUGGCUGAAAUAUAUGCAAACACGCACACUAAACGUUGGAUGAACGUCCUUCAGCAAGUUGCAGAUAAAACCAUAUGAUGUCUGCAGCAUCAACGAGCUCCUUCCAUUAUUCUGGCUGGAUAUUAGACCACUCUUCUGGGCAGAACUGAUAUGGGUACAUUUUAAUAGGUUUGAGGUCAUUCCUGAAGUUUGAUGUUAACCCACCUGACCUGCUUUAUUCAUCCCUCAACCAGCUUUGAUGUGUUAGGGAUCAUUGUCCUGUUGGACUUUUAACCAUCUAGCUGUUGACUUGAGGUGAAGUUGAGGAAUUUUGGAGAUAGUCCUCCUCCUUUCUUCUUCCAUCUCCUUGUCUCAUUAUAUGACCAUAAGUCUUUUCUCCAGAAGGAAUUUGCUUCCAUGUGGACAGAAGCAAAUACCAGCUUGAAGGUGUUAGUCUUUGAGGUAGUGGUCCAGCAUCCUCCAGUUCAUGCCAGGCUGGCUGUUGGUGGUUCUGUGUUUUUUUUUUUUUUGGAACAUCCUAACUAAUUACAUUUUAACUAGUUAUGACAGUUUGGGUCAGAUGGCUGAAAUUCAAACAGGAUAGUGAUCCCAAACACGCAUUAAAAUGGGCUUUGGAGUGGAAAAAGCAGGCUAACGCUAAGCUUCCAGAGUGCCCCAACAUGGAAAAUACAUGGGCUAUGUUCAAUGGAUUCUGUCGAUACUAAUAAAAGCGGUCAAAUAUCAACAGAAUUACCCAAAAAUCAUAUUGAAUUAAAAAUAAUAAUUAAAAACAGACGUUCAAUGGAACUUAAACCGGCUAUUUGAGCCUGUAUGAAGAAUUCUGGACUUAUCUGGAUAUUAGAAAAUCCACAAGAAAUUUAUUUUUGUAUUUCUUUUUUGUUUUUAACCUUACCACCCUGGGAAAAAAAAAUUCAUAUAAUAAUACCCAUGAUGAGUGAAACUUCCUGCUGAAAUUGUAAAUCACAGCAAGCCUUAAGAAUAUGAUCCUGAUCUAUUGUAAUUACCCUGUAAUUAGCCCUAUAUUUUAUGACUCACACCCUAAGACAUUUAAUUUAAACCUUGCUGACAACAAACACCUUCACAAUCAGAUCUGUUAACAGUACUAGCUGCGGUCGACUGUGACUGUUUCAAGCAUGUGACAUCAUCAUACAGGACCUCAGACUAAAUCAUGGUUUAUCCUGAAAUCCCAGGGAGGUUUUUAUAGAAUGGCAGCUUUAUACUGUAGAGUGAGAUGGUAACAAUGGGGUCACGUUCCAGAGCUGAAAUACCAGAUGUUGCUGAGUAUUUGUGUUUGCAGUUUUUAGCAUUUGUAGCAGGUUUUGAGGCACAAUUUCCCCUUUCAGACCAAGUGUUUGGUGACUGGAUGACGCUGUAGGUGUGCCAUUCGGCUGUAGCACAAUACACUUUGGUGUUCACCGCUAAUGUGUCCAUAAAUCCCACUAUAUAAAUAAAAAUAAACCUCAAGUACAAAGAA